AUGACGUUUCCUUCCCAAGACAGCGGCUCAGAACUUGGGAACUACGAAACCAACGAUGAUCUCUUUUCAUCCAACUAUGACAGUGAUGCUGAGGAUUGCUACAUUGAAGCCCUAAAGGCGGAACGUACGGUGACUCAUCAAGGAACCACGAUUACGAAAUUGAAAAAGGACGGUAGAGCAAGUUUUUCUUCUUUUGAGGCCCCGCUCACGCCUCCCCGUCGUCGAUCUGAAGCGUCUACAAUCUCGUCUACUUCACUGGUAUCGGCAUCUUCUUCAUUGCCUUCAUGCUUCGCCUCUUCCACUGGACAACGCCGGAAAAUGAAGAAGAAGAAAACUAAAAGGUCGGUUCGGUUUUCCCAUGGGAAUGAGUACUAUAGCAUCCUACCCAGAAAGGAAUACACCAAGAAGGAACUAAAGAACUGCUGGUACACAAAGGCCGAUCACAUCAAGCGAGAUGCCUGUUUCGAAUUGCUCGCAUUAAGAAUUGAGGAGAAAAAGCCGGCAAAGGAAGAUGACACCUAUCGGGGAUUGGAAGAUUUGAUGAUGGAGCUUCGCGAAAAGUCCGAGAACCGGCGGCUCGAAGUGGUGCAAGCUGUCUUGAAGGCACAGGCAGAGCAUGGCAGCGAGGACGAACGAGUCGAGUUUGGAGUGGUGGAUCCUAUCAUCUUGGCAGUAACAUCCAUGGAAUUGUCUCAGGAUUCCAAGGCAGACGCCUUGGAGAUUGGCAUGACGGACAUGCUCGAUGUCUUGGCCUUUACUUUUGAGCCUAAAAAGCAGAGGCGAUCGCUCCCAUCUGGGGAGAAGUUGGGUACCAUAAUUGAUCCAUUUCCUUUGCCAGAUCAACCAAGACGCUAUUCGGCCCCAGCGGCUGCACUCGUGUCCGAGGAUGGUUCUUCCAAAGAGCAGGUGAUGGAAGCACUUGCACUAUUCGAUGAUAUCGAUAUUUCAACUCCCCCAGCACCUCCAGUCUCAGACAAUCUUCUCACUCCGGAAAGUGGCAAGGUCAAAAAAAGGAGAAACAGCGCUACCAGACGAACCAGUCUCGAUUCUUCGAGUAAGCAUACCAAGACUAAGUCCAAAUCCAAGUCAAUUCCUAGUUUAUCUACUGGAAAGAGCAAGAGCAACAGUGUCAAGUCAAUUGGAUCUCCCAAUUCGAACCAUAUGAGAUCACCAGUCAAGAAAAAGGCCAAAUCAUCCAUUUCCAACGAUGUUCAAGCUGCACAAAAGAAGAAGGACGAAUCAAAAUCUGGGUCAUCUUCCACGAAUUGUCAGCGCCCUAAUCAUGACAAGCCUCCGUCCCCAAGUAGUGCUGCAAGUGGGUCUUCUUCAUCGACUUCGCAAGUUGCUUCUCCUUCCAAGAAGCAAACACGAAAGAGACUCGUCUCCAACCAAAUGCAGUCCCCUCGUUCCAGUGUCACCAAGGAGAAUUCUAGACCGGCGCCGUUUAUGAUUGGCAGCAACUCGAGCGGAACUCGCAUUCAUGCGCCCACUCCACCUCGCAAGGAUCCUCCUGGAAUGUUUCAUCGGAUUGCGUCCAUUCGCUUGGAUGACCAUUAUCCUCCCUCGGUUCCAAGACUUUAG